UCUGUAUUGGAUCAUAUCAUCCUCUCCUGUGUUCCCUGCGUUUCAUGCGUCCUGAUGGUUCUCUGGUGUUUUCUUUUGGAUCUUUUUGGAUUUAGUUUUGCUUUGACAUUAAAAGUAAGGUUUUUUUUGUACCUUUUGCACAUUUUGUUUUUUGAAUCUUCCAUUCUCUGCACAUGGAGAAUAGUUUUUUACCCAAUGUGACAGUGUCUGCUUCAAGUCAAUACAAAAAUCUGUUCCACGGUGGAUUGUGCCCACCUGAGAGAUCUUCAACAUCGGUGAUCUCACCAAUGUCUCAGUACCUGGUUAAGAGGAGUACAGUGACCUGAGGAAGACUCUACACAUUCAGGAGAACAAAAACACCUGUUGAUAUUCUUUAAGUAACCUAAACACUGGAUCAAUGGGGGACCUGAGGCAGAAGAUGGGGACCAUGUUUGGGACUAUAUGCUCGAGUUCACAGGCUCCGUCUGAUGAGGACUUAAAGGCCAAAAAUGAUGUUAAAGAAGAAAAGAUACAGAUGAAGAGGGAAAUCUCCCUCAUCAAUGGAGUCUGCCUCAUUGUUGGAAACAUGAUCGGCUCUGGGAUCUUCGUCUCACCAAAAGGUGUGCUCAUGUACAGCGGCUCUUACGGGCUGUCCUUGCUGAUUUGGGCUUUUGGAGGUAUCUUCUCUGUGUUUGGGGCAUUGUGUUACGCAGAACUCGGCACCACCAUCACUAAAUCCGGAGCCAGCUACUCCUACAUCCUGGAGUCGUUUGGAGGCCUCCUGGCUUUCGUCCGUUUGUGGACGUCCAUCCUGCUGAUCGAGCCGGCCAGCCAGGCGGUGAUUUCAUUGACCUUUGCCAACUACCUGGUGGAUGCUUUAUACCCCACCUGCCAGCCACCGUACGAUUCUAUACGGCUUAUAGCUGCAGCCUGCCUCUGUAUGCUCAUCUUCAUCAACUGUGCCUAUGUGAAAUGGGGCACUCUGGUCACAGACAUUUUCACGUAUGCCAAACUCAUGGCUCUCAUCCUCAUCAUCAUUAUGGGAAUACUGAAAGCAUCCACUGGCGAGUCAAAGAACUUUGAGAGUCCAUUUGAAGGCUCCACUAAAGACCCUGGAGCCAUCGCUCUGGCUCUUUAUUCAGCUCUGUUCUCCUACUCAGGCUGGGAUACUCUCAACUUUGUGACCGAAGAAAUUCAGAAUCCAGAGAGAAAUCUUCCCCUGGCCAUCGCCAUCUCCAUGCCCAUAGUGACCAUAAUCUACCUGCUGAGUAACGUAGCAUACUAUGUUGUUCUGGACAUGCCAUCCCUGCUGGCUAGUGAUGCAGUUGCUGUGACAUUUGGAAACGCAGUCUUGGGGCCUUUUAAGUGGAUCAUUCCUGUUUCAGUCGCCAUGUCUUGCUACGGAGGACUCAAUGCUUCCAUCAUCGCUGCUUCAAGGUUGUUUUUCGUCGGGGCCAGACAGGGUCACCUCCCCGACAGUCUGAGUCUGAUUCACCUUGAGCGAUACACACCCAUACCUGCACUGCUGUUCAACGGUCUGAUGGGUCUGAUCUUCUUGUGCGUGGAGGACGUGUUUCAGCUCAUCAAUUAUUUCAGCUUCAGUUACUGGCUCUAUGUGGGUCUCUCUGUGGCUGGCCUCAUCUACCUGCGCUUCACUCAGCCAGACAGACACAGGCCUCUGAAGUUGUCGUUGUUCUUUCCCAUCGUCUACUGUCUGUGCAGCCUGUUCUUAGUCAUCGUCCCUCUGUACGCAGACACCAUAAACUCUUUCAUAGGAAUUGGCAUCGCGCUCUCUGGACUGCCAGUGUAUUAUGUGGCCAUCUACCUGCCAGAGGAGAGGAGGCCCAGAUCCCUUCGCAAGUUAAACACCUGGUUAACCAGAUUCACCCAGACGCUGCUCUACUGCUGCCUGACUGAAGCUGACACUGAAACGGACGCACAAGCAAGCAGUUCAAGUCAGUGAGCUGCAAACAGACACUGUGGCUGAGCUUCCUCCUCGAGGCCUUAGCUUGCCUGUGUUUUGACACUAAUGCUCCCUGGAUGCAGAAAAACAAGUCUUUCCUGGAUGGAGCUGUGAGGGAACUCAAUCUCAAAAGACUCCACAGGAAAGGAGCAAGAACUACAGUUGAUUAACGGCUGCUUUAUUCUAAAAAUGCCAAAUACUUUGCUUCAAAGAUUAUGGGACAUCUUCUGUGAGGAUGUGGUUAUCAAUAUGUUCACUACAAUAGAACAUAUUUGACUUUUCUGACUUUUGUGAUUACGUUUUGUCUGUAAAAUAUAUCAAAUGAUGAUUACUUGGCUGGGGAACAAAGAAGUUAUAGCUUUAAAGCAGAUGUCUGUUAAAUCGUGUUCCUUUUUUUUCACUUUAAAUGUUUAAUGUAAUCACUUGAAGUGUAUUCCAGUUUUGCUGCUAUACGUUUGAAAUUAACUUGAAUAUUUUGACCACUUUAAUGAUGUUUUAACACAAAACACACCCUACUGAUACACCAAUUUUUAUGUGACUGAUGUGUGUGAUAUCAUUGCAAACACAGAAUCAUGUUACAUCUGCACCACCAUGUUAGCCUUUCAUCAUCCAGUUUUAUUACCAGGAACUAGGAGGGGAACGUGAGCACGACAUUCAUAAUGCUGUAGGCGUACUUUUCUUAUGUUAAGGCGAGGCAGGUUUAUCAGGAACUGCAGGUUCAGUACUGCUGCAUCAAUGGCAAAUCCCAUCGCUCUCUUGAGGAGUUGUGGGUUUUGAUUUUGGCGCCCCCUGUGGACAACCCAGUGCCUUGUAUCUCUGAUUUUGCCUUGUACAUGUGUAAGUAGGGUUUUCCUACAAAAAAAAUCUCCUCCUGCUGUCUGAAAACAGUCAGAUGUAUCA